CCGUUCAAAUACAUACAAUUGCGAUUUCUCUCCUCUUUGCAUUCAUGCAGUUCCUGCUUCCCGAACAAAUUUAGGUAAUCAGCGAAUGAUUCCUUAUGUUUUUUAUAUCUGUCAAUUGCCAUCCGUCAAUUUUGAAAAGUUUAAUUUAAAGGUAAAUCUCGCUGAUUCCUUCUUCACUUUGGGCCAGUUCAGUGUACAGCCACUUGAGCUUCACCACUCCUAAGCUGCUUUUUUGGUUAGUACAAGUUAGUACAACGGUUUUGUUCAACAAUUUCAACUAAUUCCUAGUCGAGAAUCGGAGACGGAUUCGGAGUUACGUUUAAUGGAAUCGCUUGAUGCUCGUCAAUAACACUUCUGUCGUUACAAGGAAACCUCACGAUGGCGACGAGAGCAACACACGGACUUCUUGACGAGGGAUAUCAACAGAUCAUAAAAGAAUUGGAGGAUACUCAAAAUCAGUGGCUUAUUUUGAAACAAUACUACCUUGAAGUGAAGGAAAUUCUGCACCAAACUAACUUUCUUGAACUGAAAGACAAAGAAGACUUUGAGGCUGGUGUUAAAACAUGUCUUGCAGACCUUGAAAGGGAAAAAUGCACCGUUCUCAUUGCUGGCGAGACCAGUGCUGGUAAAAGCAGUCUGAUCAAUUUAUUGCUAAAUGAGCGAGUUCUACCUUCCUCUGUCCGGCAAAACACUCUGACAAUCUGUGAAAUAUCCUACGGUCCAGAAAAGGAAGCUGUGUUGCACUUUCAUGAUCAAAGCAAACCUGCAAGUAUCCUCAAGGGAGAAGAAUUUGAGAAACAAAUGAAAACGUAUAUUCAAAAAUCAACAGAAGAUAAAGACUGGUGUGAGAAAAUAGAGAUAAGGCUUCCCAACACAUUGUUGAAGGGUGGUAUAGUGAUUGUUGAUAGCCCAGGAAUUGGCGAUACAGAGAAUAUCGCAAGCAUUGUUAUGAAGUACCUUCCUCAAGCUAAUGCGUUCAUUUACGUAAUAAACAGUUCAAAUGCAGGAGGAUUGCAUGAAGACAGGCUGCUUCGAAUCUUGAGUGAAUGGAAGAAGCUCUACGAUGGAAGAGAAGAGUCAGGCUUCACUUACGAAUCAGCUCUUUUCAUUUGCAACAAAUGGGACUUAGUGGAAGAAGAAGAUGAGGAAAACGAAGGAAAGGAGCUCGAAAAAGAAAUCAUCGGCAAAUUAAGGGAGAGAAUUCCCCUGCUCGAUGAAGAAUGUCAAGUAGUCAAAAUGUCUGUGAAGAAAGCAGCAAAGGAGCUUCUGAAUUCAGGCGAGAUGAAUGAUGAUCUCUACUCGCUGAUUUGUGGAAUAAAGGACCUUCUACCCCGUUUUGCAAAGAUGAAGGCAGCCUUACUCUAUUUCUGGAUAAGCGGCCAGCUCACCUGGCUAUUUCAUCACGCUAAAGUAGAAAUGAAACGUACCCAAAGGGAUAGAAAGGAAUGCCUCAAGGCAAGGGAUGAGCUAAAAGUGAUAUUAAAGAAGCUUAAGCAAGGCUCCCACAUCCAAGAAAUUGAAGACACUAUUUCUUACCACGUUGAAGACCUGUGUAAAAAGCUUACGUCUCACUUAAGGACUGAAGACGUCCGGAAAACUUUCUGCGAAUGGUCCGAAACGGAAUUGCCUCCAAUUGGUCAUCGUCAUAGCGCCCAACACAUCAAAGACGAACUAGGCAGAUGUAUCGAUCGACGAUUAGACUCUGUGCUUCAAACAUUGGAGAAAAGAGAAAAGCUUUUCGAAAAAGCUCGUGCAAACUUGGAGAGCAAAUUUGCUCGAUAUUUCUCUGAUUUGCAAAAAGGUAUCGAUGACAUUGACCGUGUUCUUGAAGAUUCGGAUGAUGAGUUCUGUCCCCCUGAGUGGCUUCCUGCGAGGGGCCGUUUGCCUUCCUAUGCAAAAAUGAAGAAGAUAUUUGUGGCAGCAGGUGUAGUAUUUAUACCAGUGUUGAUUCCUGUCGGUCUAGCUGCAGGAGCUCUCUUUGCACCCGUGUUCGGUUACAUGGCCGUCGACAGGUAUCUCAAAGAACAGCAGCUCAGGAACGAACCUUGUCAAGUCUUAAAGGAACUAUCCCUGCAGUUUAUCGAGUCCUUCAUCAAAGACGAUCUACGAAAGUAUGUCCGAAACGAAUUAACCAACGAAAAAAAUCAAAUUUCCCAAAUAAAGAGAUGCCACUCAGAGAUCAUCACUAGAUACCAAAGGCAAAGUGAAGCUCUCAAAAGGAAAGCUGAUAAAGCAAAUAAAUUAAGUGACGGAGAAACCUUGGAAGAGCAGGUUGUGGUCGAUCUGUACUGGAAAUUGCAGUCGAUGAACCAAAACCUUCUGUUUGAUGCCAUCCAAAACGGAGUACCUGUGAUGUACCCGACAGGCCAAAUCGAUGGGAAAAAGCUAUCUUGUAAUGAAGAGAACGUUCUGAGAAGAGGACGCUCGGCCAUAAUCUACAAGGGUACUCUUAACGGAAAGAGUGUUGCUGUGAAACGACUACAAGAAGAGCAUCACCCACGAAAUAUUGCUUUCUUCCUUGAAGAAGCAGGAAUCUUAACGAGAGUGGCACAUCAAAACAUUGUGACUUUCCAUGGAGUAUCCAUGAAUGUCCAAGAUGGCCAGCUGAUUUCAGUGGAUCUUAUUCUCGAAUUGUGUGUCUCAAGUCUAAAGGAUCGAAUCUUUAAAGAAAAAAGAUUCAUUCCUUGGAUGACGGAAGAUGCAGCAGUCCACAUACUUCAAUAUACUUUGCACAUCUUACAAGGGUUGGAAUUUCUUCACAGUAUUGGCAUCGUUCAUCGAGAUAUUAAGCUGUCCAGCAUGCUGAUCUCAAAAGACAAUUUCGUCAAGAUUGCAGACCUGGGUUGGGCGAAGUCUGAAAGCUUGAUCACAGGAACCCGAUGUGGGACUCCGCUUCACAUGGCGCCAGAGGUGAGAGAAGGCAACCCCUACGGCUGCAAAGCGGAUAUUUUCAGCUUUGGCGUCAUGAUGUGGGAAAUGUGGUAUGGUCAAUCAAUAUUCUCCGACCUUAUCUCAAAAAGUAAAGGAAUCCCUCAUCCGAAAAAGAUCGGAGAUUAUCUGGCCAAACCCCCUGGAAGAGACGGCACCUUCGCCCCUCCAGUAGAGUGGACCAAGGUUAUGAUAUCUUGUUGCAGUCCGGAUCCAGGCAAGAGGCCAUCGGCGACAGAAUGUAAAAAAAUAGAAACAGAUUUGUCACAAUACGAAAAGUAAGAAAUUAGGAACUUCCGUGUCGAUAGUUGUCUAUGGAGUCUUUAUCGUUACAAAUGUAAUCAUCUUUGUACUGUUUACAGAGAGAAAACACUCAUCACUUGCUAUAAUGGUAAGACACGUCAGAGGUGUUUUAAGGGAAGUUGCCAUCUUCAACCAUCACUAAAACCUAAAAUGUGCUUUACAGAGCUAUAAAGAUCCUUUUUAAGAGAGAUCUCGCCUGAUCUAACUCAUUAGCACUCCUUUCCUGUUAUCAUUUGACAUCAGGUAGCCAAUUUCUACCAUAAUUGCAGUCCUUCCCAAGUAAGAUCCUGGAAUUAAACUAGACAUACAGACGAGAUAAUGAAGGAAAAAUCGAAUAGCUACAAUUACUUCUGGGCCCAUCAUUUAGCAUUUGCUAAGGGAAGGGAGAGUCCUUAAGUAGCUAAUAUCAAUUGGUCAAUUAUUUUGUUUAUUAUCAUAACCUUUUCCCUAGCUAAUGAGUUCAUGUUUUUGGGAAACUAGCUUACUGUCAGCCCUCUUCACCAUUGCAUGGUCAUAAGAGAUGGAAUUGCAAGUGUAGGCUACUUUUUUUGUAUUUACGAUAUUUACGAUAUUUAGACAGGCAAGCCCAGUUUAGCUUGAAGCUGGUUUAAAUGUGGGCCUGUACGUCCCACCCCAGGAUGUGUGUGAGAAAUUAACGUCUCCCACCCCAGCCCUGCAGGAGACGGGACCUCCAUUUAUUCGUCCCUAUCCGAGAA